AAUAGAUUAUUCUUGAAAAAACGCGAUGCCAAAUGGAAGUGUAGACUGCAAAUCAAAGCUCCAGCCCCAAUAUUCCUAGGUUGAAGGUAGAGCAUGGAAUGGCCUACCUUGACUCCAUGGUACAGAAAUGCACCUCUCUCGCACACAUCAAACAGCUCCAAGCCCAUUUCAUUACCACCGGCCAAUUCCUAUUCUGCCCAUCCCGCACCAAACUCCUCGAGCUCUGCGCCGUCUCACCCGCCGGUGACCUCUCUUAUGCCACCCUCAUAUUCCACCAAAUCCAAAACCCAUCAACCAACGACUGGAACGCCGUCGUUCGCGGCUUCGCCUCCGGCCCUGAACCCACGAAGGCCAUCUCAUGGUACCGAACCAUGUCGCGCAGGUCCCAAAGAGUGGACGCGCUCACGUGCUCCUUUGCUCUCAAGGCCUGUGCACGUGCGCUGGCUCGCUCUGAGGCCAUGCAGAUACAUUCUCAAAUAGUGCGCUUUGGGUUCUACGCGGACAUUCUUUUGAAGACUACUUUAUUGGAUGUGUACGCGAAAGCUGGCGAUCUUGAUUGUGCGGACAAGGUAUUUGAUGAAAUGAGUGUGAGAGAUAUUGCCUCGUGGAAUGCCUUGAUUGCUGGGUUGGCUCAGGGAAGUCGACCCAGUGAAGCUAUAGCGUUGUUUAAAAGAAUGACGGUAGAGGGUUGGAAGCCUAAUGAAGUCACCGUUCUUGGAGCUCUUUCUGCGUGUUCGCAACUGGGUGCUUUGAAAGAAGGCGAAAAGAUUCACGGCUAUAUCAUGGAAGAGAAGCUAGACAUCAACGUGAUAGUUUGUAAUGCAGUUAUUGAUAUGUAUGCCAAAUGUGGCUUCGUCAAUAAAGCGUAUGGUGUGUUUGAGAACAUGUUCUGUAGAAAGAGUCUUGUUACGUGGAAUACCAUGAUUAUGGCGUUUGCUAUGCAUGGUGAUGCAUACAAGGCACUUGAGCUUUUUAAGCAAAUGGGUCGAGCCGGUGUGCACCCGGAUGCUGUAUCAUAUCUUGCUGUGCUGUGCGCGUGCAACCAUGCAGGCUUAGUGGAAGAUGGGGUGCAGUUGUUCGACUCGAUGGCAGAUUCUGGGGUUACCCCUAAUGUUAAGCAUUAUGGAAGUGUGGUGGAUUUGUUGGGUCGAGCUGGGCAGCUCAAAGAGGCUUAUGAUAUUAUAAACUCCAUGCCUAUGUUUCCCGACGUGGUUCUUUGGCAGAGUUUGCUUGGUGCCUGCAAGACUUAUGGGAAUGUAGAAAUGGCUGAAAUUGCAUCACGGAAGCUAGUGGAGAUGGGGUCUAAUAGUUGUGGUGAUUUUGUGUUGUUGUCAAAUGUUUAUGCAGCUCAUGAGAGAUGGAAUGAUGUGGGUAGGGUGAGGGAGGCUAUGAAGAAUAGAGAUGUGAAGAAAAUACCUGGGUUUAGCUACAUUGAAGUGGAUGGUGUCAUACAUAAGUUUGUAAAUGGUGAUCUGAGCCAUUCCAAUUGGCGUGAUAUUUAUGCAAAGCUUGAUGAGAUUAAGUUCAGGCUUAAAGCAUAUGGGUAUGUGGCUGAGACUAACUUUGUGUUGCAUGAUAUAGGACAAGAGGACAAGGAGAAUGUAUUGUGUUAUCACAGCGAGAAGUUAGCUGUGGCUUUUGGUUUGAUUAGCACAAGUGAGGGGACCCCAAUUCAAGUAAUUAAGAACCUUAGGAUAUGUGGGGAUUGUCAUGUUGUGAUUAAACUUAUAUCAAAGAUUUAUAACAGAGAAAUUAUCGUGCGAGAUCGAGCUCGAUUUCACAGAUUUAAAGAAGGUCUGUGUUCUUGCAAAGAUUUUUGGUGACAUUGGUCUUUUCAGAAAUUGAACCAAUAGUUUGCUUGGUGAUUAUGAAGGUGGCAGUUCAUUGAUUUAAAUCAGUGGAAAAUUGAUGAUGAAGGAUUUGUAACCUGCUUUUCAGGUAUAGAAGUUGAGCUUUUUACCUAAACCAGAAGCCAGCAGACACAAAAUUUUUGUCUCUUGUAAUGAUUUUCGUGUUUGAGGAUGAAAAUAGGUCAAGACAGGGUAGGGUAGAAGGGAUUAUCUGCAGGAGGGCGCAUGAGAUGCUAUACAUGCUGUUUAGGUAAACUCCAUCCCUAAUGGGCUUCUGGGGGUAGAUAUGUAGCGAGGUUCAUGCGACCCAACCCUCCCUGUUUUCUUCUUUUUCACUUCUUUUCUUCAUAUGUUUUUCUGUCGAUUAUUCCUCGGCUGCAAUCCUAAUCUUUUACAUAGGUGGGGCCAGAGGGGGAAGGAACAGGCCAUUACUUUGUUUAACCAGUAUUUUCAUUAGGCGCAUCCUGUUUCUUUGGAUUAAUUAGAAGAGAGGUACUUUUUUCUUGAUUCUGUUUAAAGUGAAAUUUAAGUCAUUUCCUCAAUGUUUACAUUCUGAAACAUUUCUUUGAGAAGCUGCAGAGGCCACAUGUAUAGAGAAAUGUGUCUUUGAGUCCAAGUGCUUGAGUUUUAAAAAUUACUGGAUAAUGAACAUUCAUCGGGAUCAAUAGUUGAUACAUUUGCUGGUAAUCCAUUAGGUUCUUCACUUUGGAAGUUGCAAGAUAAUGCAGGAUCAAUGGUUGACACAUUUCCUGGCACUCCAUAAGUGAUUUUGGUAUGGUUUCAAGUGCCCCUGAGUGAAAGGGUUAUAUAAAACAAGUUAAGCUCUAGAGUGAGGACCUUUCACAUGCUGUCUCUGAUCUAUCUUCAGCCCAACUGCUCAAUUGACACCCUUACUGAAUAUCAUGUGAGAAUCAUCAGUGAGAAGACGAUUGCUCUUGCCUUUUUGUUGAGAGUACCUAAAUCAAUACUUGAUAGCACUGUAGAGUAAGCUGAGGAAAUAGCUGAAUCAGGAUCAUUUUGGGAAGACAAAAGAUGGUGUGGACCUUAUGACCACUGUUUUAUGGGUGCAGAUGAGACUGCCUCAUGGCUGAUGUGGCAUUAUAUGGCGUAUGCAAUGGAUCAUACUUCAAUUUUUUUUUAUUGCCCAAGUGAAUUAAACAAUGUGUAAUUACUACCAUAUAUUUUGUAUUCGUUUGUUUUUUUUUUUCAUUCGAGAUCUUAUAUUAUACAAAAAAAUAUGUGAAAUACUUGUUUCA